AUGCGUGCUGUGAUCGCUUUUGUUUCGCUCUACUCGCUAGUAACGGCUUCAAAACUUUGUCUACAAGCACCCUGCAUCCCUCAGGCCAUCGAUGCAGAUUUCACGUUCAUCAUCGACGCUUCCAGCGUCGUUUCAGGAAACGAUUUCUUCAAGUUGAAACAAUGGCUUCUUGAUUUCAUCUCGCAACUGACAUUGACAAAUGCCGACACACAGGUAAUGAUCCUUUAA